GGUCGCCUGUUCGGAAGUUGGGUCAUGCGCUGCUGCCCGGGCUCCGCUCUGCCAGCAAGGUCCGGGGCGCUCUUUGCGCUCCUGGCCGGCCCUGCGCUGCUCGCUUUGGCCCUCGUUAACUCGGGCCCUUGGCUGCUGCUGGACUCCCUAAUGCCCCCGAGCCUGAUGCGGGAGCUGGAGCAGCGGGAGGCGGAUCUGCAGCGCUUGGCUGCGUCCGCCCGGGCGGCUUGCGCCUUUUCUCCCGCUGCGGAGCCGUGCGGAGCCGCCGCGAGCGCGUUGGGUUGCGCGGAGCUGAGCGGCGCGACGGGGGUGCGCUUGGUGGGCUCCGGGAUCACCAAGUUGGUGCAGAGGGCUGUCCUGCCCCGCGGAGGAGGCCACGAGGUCGCCCUGAAGUCCGUGCACCCGGCCGGCCGCGACGUGAGCCGCUGCGCGCAACGCUACGCGCACCCGAGCGGCUGCUACCGCCUCGCCGCGUACAAGCUCCUCAAAGAGAUGGUUCUGCUGCAGAGCUUGGAGCAUCCCGGCAUCGUCAAGUUGCAUGGUCAGUGCUAUGAUCCUAGCUUAGAUCCUGAAAUGAAGGUGGUCACCGUUUUGGAGUUGGGUGUUCCCCUGGAGAUGAUUCAACUUCUGCAGACCCCCUGGGAGGAGAGAUUUAAACUUUGCCUGGAGCUGGUUGAGCUGCUCCAUUAUUUGGCAAAGUCUCCUCUGGGUUCCCUGGCCCUCCUGGAUUUCCAGCCCAGGCAGUUUGUCAUGGUGAACGGGGUCCUCAAAGUUGCAGACCUGGAUGAUGUGAGCACUGAGGAGUUGUCCUGCGAAGGGGAUGGGGACUGCACCCUGGAAUUCCCUACCAAAAGCUUCUCUCUCAGAUGUUCUGCGCAGGGGAAGUGUGAAGGAAUAAAUGAGAAAAGGAACCUCUUCAAUGCUUACCGGUAUUUCUUCACGUAUCUCCUGCCACAUACUGCACCCUUCGUUUUGCAACCCAUUCUGAAGGAUAUCCUGAAUGCCACAGGUGAUUUGCGAUAUGGAACAAAUGAAACCCUGAGAGCUUUUCAGAGAGUUUUGCAUUUAUACAAGUCUGGACUUUAUCUGCAGAAAAAGCCUUCUCAAUUGAAAGACUACAUUGCCUUAAAGGGCUUCCACAGCAGGGAUGCAGAGGACUACAAGUGUUGGCCAUCCUAUCGCCACUCGGGGUGCAUGCUCUCUGUUCACAACGAAGAGGAAGCUGCCGCCAUUUGCAAUUCCCAUCCUCAGUGCCAACAUUUCUCCAUCACUCUGCAGAUAACAUGGACAGGAAGGCCACUUGCUUUGUUUCGAAGCAACUUGACCGAAUUAAUUCCAGGCGGCGACAGAGUGGUUUAUGUUAAGCGAUCUGCAGCUUCAAAGACAAGCCUCUUACAAGGAGACUUGGAGAAUACGGAGCUUUGGGACAAGGAAUAAUCACUGGGACUAACUUCACCCACUCAAGAGAGGAUGAUGUUCUUCAUUUCUGCUUCAGGAUAUUCCUUUGGGACUUCUCAAGUCAAUGGGUGGUGUUUGAAUGAUCAAAGCAAACCUUCCUUUUUCGUAAGAUGGAAUAACCUGGGCAAGUUGGUUACAUGAUGAUACCCAUGCACAACGGUCAGAAAUGUGCAGGGCU